AAUUACUUAGCUUCACAUUUAAUUUAUUUUUCGUCGCCCUCUAAAUUAAUUCCGACGUCCAAAGUCCUUUUUCUUAUAAAAUCAUGGGAAUUAUAUCGCUUAAGCGACAUAAAAUGGCUACACUUAUAUUUGUUACGACGUUGGUUGGCCUUAUAGUGUGCCCUAGUGCCUAUGGUAGUGUAGGCCGAUUUAGUGAUGAGUUUGAGCCCACAUUUGGUGGGCAUAGGGUUCGGGUAUCGGGCCGAAGCAACCAGCUCCUUUCCCUCUCAUUAGACAAGUAUUCCGGGUCCGGAUUCCGUUCUAAACAAGAAUAUUUGUAUGGAAGGGUAGAUAUGCAAGUGAAACUCGUUGGUGGUAACUCUGCUGGAACGGUUACCACUCUUUAUUUAACAUCGGAUCAAAGCACGGGUACACACGACGAGAUAGAUUUCGAGUUCUUGGGGAAUGUUACCGGCCAACCGUACACCCUCCACACCAAUGUGUUCAGCCGAGGGAAAGGCAACAGGGAGCAACAAUUCCAUCUUUGGUUUGACCCAACUGAGAACUUCCAUACUUACUCCUUUGUUUGGAACCCAAAACUCAUCAUGUUCUUGGUCGAUGAAACUCCGAUAAGGGUAUUCAGAAACUAUGAGAAUCAUGGAGUUGCAUUUCCAAAGAAUCAACCCAUGAGAAUAUGCUCUAGCUUAUGGAAUGCUGAUGAUUGGGCCACACAAGGUGGAUUAGUGAAGACAGAUUGGGCCAAAGCCCCAUUCACGGCCUACUUUCGCAACUUCAACAUUGAUGCUUGUGUUGGGCCGAUUAGAGGCCGAUCCUCUUGUGUAACUGGGCCUACAACCUUUACCCACUCUGAAAGGCCGGCCUACAAGAAGCCCAGUCGUGGCUCAUGGAGGACCCACGAUCUUGAUGGAAAUGGUAGGAACCGAAUGAGGUGGGUCCAGAAGCAUUUCAUGGUAUAUGAUUAUUGCAAAGAUUGGAAGCGAUUCUCUCAAGGUUUCCCUCCUGAAUGCAAGCACUAAAAAUGGAUUUUGAAGUAUUUCGAGCGAAAACAUUACAACGUUUAUCAUAUCAUAUGUAUUUUUUCGUAUGGAUUUGCAUACUUGUAACUUUAUAAGAUUAUUUAAUCGAACAAUUCUUUAUUCUUUAGCAAUAAAUACGGAUUAAGGUUAUAUAUUUGUAACUAGAAGUUUUUUUUUUUUUCACAACAUCUA